GAAUCAGAACGCAGCAGCCUUAGUCUCAAGGAGCGCGCGUGAAUUUGAACUCCCCGGCAGAGCGCCCGGCUCCUGUGAGCAGAGCUGUCUUCUUGCUGAGGUGCAGAGGGGGUGUCUUUCCGUGGGUUCCCCCGCAGCAGUGGACGCGGGUCUAGGAGGAGACUGAGGAACGGAGGAAUUUGGUUAAGAUCAUGGCAACUUUUACUCCAAGGAAGAGGAAGCGAUAUACACUGAAUGCUGCUGCUGAUGAUGACAGCCUAUUAACAGAUAUUUCAUCAAGCAAAUUAAGAUUUCCUGGAAAUCUCUUUCCAUCACCUAAUAAGAAGCAUAAUUGCCAAAGCAGUGUUCAAAAGGAAGACAAGUCUUGCUCCCACCAAUACCAUUUCACUUCAAGUCCAUUCAAAACAACUGAAAAUAAUAGGUUGUCAUUUGCAAGCCACAGCUCAUUAUUUAAACCAGCUGUGUCCACUGUAUCUUUCUACAAUAAAAAUAAAUACUAUCUCAAUCCACUGGACAGGAAGUUGAUAAGAGAGUGUAGAUCUGUUUGUCUAGCAACUAAAAAUGAAGAUAAACCUUUUCCCAGUGUGACAGAAAAUAUUCAGAGAAAACCAGUCUGCACCAAGAAGAAUAAAAAAACCCAGAAGAGUUUAAGGGCCAAAUAUCAACCAAGUUCUAAGCACAUCAAGUCUAUAUCAAGAAAGCUGAAAAAUUCCAAGCCAAGUCAAGUGAUCUAUAAGCCAGUUGUGGACAAAGAGAACAGUGGUUUUCCAGCAGGAAAUCGUCCAAAUUCUCCUCCUCGGGUUCUAAGCCAGAAAAUAAAACCACAAGCUACACUUCAAGGUGGAGCAGCAUUUUUUGUUAGGAAAAGAAAUGCUCUUAAAAAGUUACCUCUGGGAGAUAAGCCACCAGAGGUCACUGAAGACGCUCCAGAGGCAAAGCAAGUACCAAAGUCCUUGUUAGUGGAUGAGAAAUCCAAUGUUGAGCUACAGGAUGCAAGAAGUAAAAAUGAAGAGGAACUGAGGAAGAAUCCUUCAGGUGCAGUAGUUUCUUCAAAAGAAUGUAAACUUGAUAAACAUUUUCCUUCAGAGAAUUCACUUGAUGAGAACAAGACAAUUUCUCCAGCAGAGUCUGUCUAUCCUAUCUUCAGUGUUUCUUCAGUGAGCACAAAAAGGUCUCUACCUGAAGAACCGUCUUCUGUGGGAUCUACCACAUGUACUAACUUCUUGAAACAGACAAACGUACAGAAAAAUAUUAAUUCCAGAGAUAUUCCAAAUAAAGGAGGAAAAGACCAGUUCGUCAUUGAUGCAGGUCAGAAACAUUUUGGGACGACUAUGUGUAAGUCUUGUGGCAUGAUCUAUACUGCUUCCAACCCUGAAGAUGAAAUGCAACAUCUCCAACAUCACCACCGAUUUCUGGAAGGAAUUAAAUACGUGGGCUGGAAAAGAGAACGAGUAGUAGCAGAGUUUUGGGAUGGGAAGAUUGUGUUGGUCCUGCCUCGUGAUCCAAGUUAUGCUAUCAAAAAGGUAGAAGAUGUCCAAGAACUUGUGGAUCUGGAAUUGGGUUUCCAGCAGGUGGUUCCCAUGUGUCCAAACAAAACCAAAACCUUCCUCUUUAUUGAUGAAAAGAGAGUAGUUGGAUGUUUAAUUGCGGAACCCAUCAAACAGGCCUUUCGUGUCCUGUCAGAACCAGGUGCCACUAAAGAAUGUUCUAGAGCUUGGCGGUGUUCAGAUGUGCCAGAACCUGCAAUUUGUGGAAUAAGUAGAAUCUGGGUCUUCAGACUAAAUAGAAGAAAACGCAUUGCAAGACGACUCGUUGACACUGUCAGGAAUUGCUUCAUGUUUGGCUGUUUCCUCAGCACUAAUGAAAUUGCAUUUUCUGACCCAACACCAGAUGGCAAAUUAUUUGCAACUAAGUACUGCAACACCCCGAAUUUCCUUGUAUAUAAUUUUCAUAGCUAAAGCCAAUUUCAACCACAAAUUUGGUACUAUGUGGGAAAGUUCAGCUGGAUAGAAACUAAUUAUCAGAAUGAAAAUCAUAAGCCUGUACACAUGUACAUACUAGGUUUUUUUUCUUUAUGUGUUAGAUUUGUGGAGGAUUGUUUGGGAUUCAAAGACAAAAAGAUCUUUGUAUACAUUCUUAAUUCUGAAAAACUUUACAGCAAGGUGGCUUUUACAGAAACUUGGCUACUUUAUAAGGAACACAUGAACACACUUUUAGACCAUGCUGUCUCAUGCUUAUCAGUAAAAUCUAAACACAGGCCAAAAGAUAAUUCCUGAAUUCCUUUUGUAGCAAUCCCACUUUACAAGCAUACUCUAGCAGCUACAUUGAAAAUACUUAAAAGUAUUUUGAAUUUCUGAUUUGUAAUAAAGCACGAAUUAUCUUAUAUCUACUUAUAUAAAAUGAUUCCAUAUCCCUUAAAAAGUGAAUCAAAAGCGUGCUUAUAAAAUUUAAGACUAUUUGGCACUGUUACUGAUUUUUUUUUUUUUAAUUACAUGAAAAUGCUGGUAGAUAAUUGAAGUCAUGAAUCAGACUAAUGGACAUAAGAAACAUAAUUACCUUAUGGGAUACUCUACACCGAAGUGCACUCAGAUGUUUUGAAUUUGGAUACUUAUUUGUAAAGCAGAAAAUUCAGGUUGUUUUAAUUCUUAAAGGUCAUUUAACUGAUACCUGGCAUGAGACAUAAAGGUUUUCUUUUUUUGUGUUUUUUUGUUUUAUAUUAUUGAUUGUUGUAAAAUUGGUUCAUCUUUAGUCUAAUUUGCCUGUAAUACUUCCAAAAAUAGUGAGGAAAUGUUAAAAUUAUAAUUAUGCAAACAUUUAAAUUCUAUUUUCUGUACAAAAUCUCUUUAAGUGUUUUAUUAUAAAUUUUAUUAACAUUUCAUUGCUCAAUGACUUGUGAGAAGUCGAUUACAAUUGUUUUUUAUAAUUGUUACUAGUGUAUGUGUGUGUGUGUGCAUGCAUUUCAAGGUGCCUCCACUAGAAAUUAGAGAACAACCCUUGGGAGUCACUUCUCUCCUACCAGAGCUUCCGAGGGUCUUAGUCAGGUAGCCAGGCUUCUGCAAGUAUGACAUGAAGUGAUAAUUUGAGUCCAUACUAAAAAAUGAAUUAUGGGCAACAGUAAGUUCACAUACCCUAAAGCAGACUGCACAUUAGGAUAUAGCCGUGGAAAGGAGGAAAGUGAGCAUCGCACUAGCAGGGACCCUGCCAGCGUUAGCAACAGCCAUGCUACUGUGUUGAUAUUUCCUCUGCUACAGCAGAAGGGUAUUUACCUUUCUCAAAUAUAAUUCCAUGUGAACAUGAACUAAACAUCAGAUCAGUCCUAGUAGACAUUGUACAAACGUCAUACCCUAAAACUCAAAAGCAAUGAAAAACAAAAAUCUGAACUUAGUCAAGGGGCCAUGGCACCCCCAAGUGUUGCAUUUGAAUGAGAUCUUGGAACAGAAAGUCACUGAACAGUAAAUCUGAAUAAAAUAUGGAGUUGAGUUGCA